UCUUGGCUCCAAGCAGAGCUUCUGAGAAUGCUGAGCAAUGAAAUAGAUGAUGAAGUUCAGAGAGGGCCAGGGAGUUGCCUGCAACCACACAGUACGUCCUCAGCUUGACCCCUCCGUUCUGUCUGCUGUCCAUUUCCACCAUGGCCUUCUGGACACAGCUGAUGCUGCUGCUUUGGAAGAAUUUCCUGUAUCGCAAGAGGCAGCCGAUCCAACUCUUGGUGGAGUUGUUGUGGCCGCUCUUUCUCUUCUUCAUCCUGGUGGCCGUUCGCCAUUCCCAUCCCCCACUCGAGCAGCAUGAAUGUCAUUUUCCCAACAAGCCACUCCCCUCAGCGGGCACCAUCCCUUGGCUCCAGGGCCUCAUCUGCAACGUGAACAACACCUGCUUCCCGUGGCGAACCCCCGGCGAGGAGCCUGGCGUCCUCAGCAACUUCAAGGACUCCCUGGUUUCCCGGCUCUUGGCAGAUGCUCGCACUGUCCUGGGGGGCCCCAAUGCCCAUAGGAUGCUGGCUAGCCUGAGAAAACUGAUGCCCAUUCUGAAGGCUGCACGCACAGCCCGAGCAACCUUUCCUUGGCCCAGUGACCAGCCCAAGGAGGGAUUAUCCCUGGCCACUCAGCUUCUGGGGACACUGCUGCAAGGGGAAUCCCUGGGCUCUGUGCUGGGCCAGGCCCAGGAGUCCAUGGGCAGCCUUGUGGAGACUGCAGAGGACAUGGCCCAGGAGCUCCUGGAGCUGCCCAGCCUGGGGGAGCUGUGGGCCCUGCUACAGAGACCCCACAGGCCAGGUGGUCCCCUGGAGGCGGUGGCAGAAGCCCUUUGCAGUGCCAGGGGGCCCAGCAAACCAGGUGGGCCCUCCCUCAACUGGUAUGAGGCCAGUGACCUGAAGGAGCUGGUGGGGCAGGAGCCAGCGCAGGCCCUGCGGGACAACAGCCUGAGCCCCACCUGCGCUGAGCUGACGGGGGCCCUGGACACCCACCCCCUAUCCCGCCUGCUGUGGAGGCGCCUGAAGCCACUGGUCCUGGGGAAAGUACUGUUCACGCCUGACACACCCUUCACCCGGCAGAUCAUGGCCCAGGUCAACCGAACUUUCCAGGAGCUGGCGCUGUUGAAGGACAUCCAGGAGGUGUGGGGGCUGCUGGGACCCCAGCUCUUUAACUUCCUGAACGAUAGUGCCAAUAUCGCCAUGCUGCAGAGGCUCCUGCAGAUCCAGGACAAGGGAAGGAGGCAGCCAAGACCCGGAGGUGGGGCCAGAGUGGAAGAUCUUCGUGCCUUUCUGAAUCCCCACAGCAGUGGCUACAGCUGGCAGAAGGCCCACGCUGAUGUGGGACACCUGGCGGUCACACUGGGCCGUGUGAUGGAGUGCGUGACUCUGGACAAGCUGGAGGCCGCCCCUUCAGAGGCUGCCCUGGUGGAGCGGGCCCUUAAGCUGCUCUCCGAGCACCGUUUCUGGGCCGGCAUCGUUUUUCUGGGGCCCGAGGACUCCCCGGACCCCGCUCAGUCCCCAGGCCCUGGCCACCUGCGCAUCAAGAUCCGCAUGGAUAUCGAUGAUGUCACAAGAACCAAUAAGAUCAAGGACAGGUUUUGGGACCCCGGUCCGGCCGCUGACCCCCUGACGGACCUGCGCUACGUGUGCGGUGGCUUCGUGUACCUGCAGGACCUGUUGGAGCGCGCAGCCGUGCGCGUGCUCACAGGGACCACCCCCCAUGCCGGCCUCUACCUCCAGCAGAUGCCCUACCCCUGCUACGUGGACGAUGCGUUCCUGCGCAUGCUGAGCCGGUCACUGCCACUCUUCCUGACACUGGCUUGGAUCUACUCGGUGGCCUUGACGGUGAAGGCCGUGGUGCGUGAGAAGGAGACUCGGCUGCGCUACACGAUGCGCGCCAUGGGGCUCAGCGCCACUGCGCUGUGGCUGGGCUGGUUCCUCAGCUGCCUCGGGCCCUUCCUCCUCAGCACCGCGCUGCUUGUGCUGGUGCUCAAGCUCGGGGACAUCCUCCCCUACAGCCACCCGGGGGUGCUGUUCCUGUUCUUGGCGGCUUUCGCUGUGGCCACAGUGGUCCAGAGUUUCUUGCUGAGCGCCUUCUUCUCCCGCGCGAACUUGGCAGCCGCCUGUGGGGGUCUUGCCUAUUUCCUACUCUAUCUGCCCUACGUGCUGUGCGUGGCCUGGAGGGACCAGCUGCCCAUGGGCGGCCGCGUGGCCGCGAGUCUUCUGUCGCCCGUGGCCUUCGGUUUUGGCUGCGAGAGCCUGGCGCUGCUGGAAGAGCAGGGCGAGGGUGCGCAGUGGCACAACAUGGGCACCGGGCCUACAGCAGAUGUCUUCAGCUUGGCCCAGGUCUCGGGCCUUCUGCUGCUCGAUGCCGCUCUCUAUGGCCUCGCCACUUGGUACCUGGAGGCGGUGUGCCCAGGCGAGUACGGGAUUCCCGAACCGUGGAACUUUCCCUUUCGGAGGAGCUACUGGUUUGGGUCUCAGACCCCCAAGGGUCCUGCCCCAGUCCUGGCCGUGCAGGACCCCAAAGUGCUGGUGGAGGAGGCGCCCCCCAGCCUGAUUCCGGGGGUCUCCAUACGCGGCCUGGAAAAGCGCUUUCCUGGCAACCCACAGCCAGCGCUGUGUGGACUCAGCCUGGACUUCUACCAGGGCCACAUCACCGCCUUCCUGGGCCACAAUGGGGCUGGCAAAACGACCACAAUGUCCAUCCUGAGUGGCCUCUUUCCACCCACGGCUGGCUCCGCCUCUGUCCUGGGCCACGACGUCCGGACCAGCAUGGCAGCCAUCCGGCCCUGCCUGGGUGUCUGCCCGCAGUACAACAUACUCUUUGACCUGCUGACUGUGGAUGAGCACAUCUGGUUCUAUGGGCGGUUGAAGGGUCUGAGCGCAGCUGCCAUGGGUCCCGAGCAGGACCGGCUGCUGCAGGACAUGGGGCUGAUCCCCAAGAGGCAUGCACAGACUCAUCACCUGUCAGGAGGAAUGCAGCGGAAGCUCUCAGUAGCCAUUGCCUUUGUGGGUGGCUCCCAAGUUGUUAUCCUGGAUGAGCCCACAGCUGGUGUGGACCCCACUUCCCGUCGAGGCAUCUGGGAGCUGCUGCUCAAAUAUCGGGAAGGUCGCACACUGAUCCUCUCCACCCACCACCUGGAUGAGGCGGAGCUGCUGGGAGACAGGGUGGCGAUAGUGGCAGGGGGCCGCCUGUGCUGCUGUGGCUCUCCUCUCUUCCUGCGGCGUCACUUGGGCUCCGGAUACUACUUGACAUUGGCCAAGGGUCCCCCACCCCUGGCCACAAGCAAAAAGGGUGAAACUGGCUUGAAGAACAGCAUGGAUGCUGGGCAGAAAAGGGAGCCAGGCGGCCAGGCCAGCUCUGCCGGUGCAGCCCAGCUGUGGGCCAUAGUGCAGCGCCAAGUGCCCGGCACACGACUGGUCAAGGAUCUGCCACAUGAACUGGUGCUGGCGCUGCCCUACAAGGGCGCCCUGGAUGGCAGCUUUGCUGAGCUCUUCCAUGAUCUGGACCAGCGGCUGGGAGAGCUGGGACUGACUGGCUAUGGGAUCUCCGACACCAGCCUGGAGGAGAUCUUCCUGAAGGUGGUGGAAGAUUGUGCUGUGGACACAGGCCCAGAGGAUGGUAGGCCCAGGCAGGGUUCAUGCUUGGGUAUUUCUCAUCCCGACACGACUAGGCAGCUCCAAGUUCCUCCAGAGGAGACAGCCCUGGAGAAUGGGGGGCUGGCUGGCUCUGCCCCUGAGACACAGGCACUACAGGGCUCUGGGCCGGCCACCACAGGCCGCGUACACAGCUGGGCGCUCACUUGCCAGCAGCUCCGGGCCUUACUUCUCAAGCGUUUCCUGCUUGCCCGCCGCAGUCGCCGUGGCCUGUUUGCCCAGAUUGUGCUGCCUGCCCUCUUUGUGGGCCUGGCGCUGGUGUUCAGCCUCAUUGCACCCCCGUUUGGAUACUACCCGGCUCUGCGGCUGAGCCCCAGCAUGUACGGCUCCCAGGUGUCCUUCUUCAGCGAUGACACUCCAGGGGACCCUGAACACACCCGCCUGGUCGAGGCCCUGCUGAAGGAGGCCGGACUCGAGGAGCCUUACCCGAAAAGUAACUCCAGCAGGGCACCAGCAUGCGCGCGGCCUGUCUUCUGCCACUUCUCGGUGCCUGAGGUCCCUGCAGACGUGGCUGAGGUCUUGGCCAGUGGCAACUGGACCCUGGAGUCUCCAUCCCCCGCCUGCCAGUGCAGCCGGCCUGGUGCCCGCCGCCUGCUGCCUGACUGCCCUGCCGCAGCCGGUGGCCCCCCGCCACCCCAGGCGCCAACCAGCUCUGGUGAAGUGGUCCAGAACCUAACGGGCCGGAACCUGUCUGACUUCCUGGUCAAGACCUACCCUCGCCUGGUGCGCCAAGGCCUGAAGACCAAGAAAUGGGUGAACGAGGUCAGGUAUGGGGGCUUCUCCCUGGGGGGCCGAGACCCAGGCCUGCCCUCGGGCUUGGAGGUGGGCCACUCUGUGGAGGAGCUGCGGGCACUGCUGAACCCCACACCAGGCGAGGCCCUCGAGCACCUCCUGAACAACCUCACAGCAUGGGCUGUUGGUCUGGACACUCAGGAUGGCCUCAAGAUCUGGUUUAACAACAAGGGCUGGCACGCCAUGGUUGCCUUUGUAAACCGAGCCAACAACGCUCUCCUACGCGCCCACCUGCCACCAGGCCUCUCCCACCAUGCCCACAGCAUCACCACGCUCAAUCACCCCCUGAACCUCACCAAGGAGCAGUUGUCUGAGGCUGCGCUGAUGGCCUCCUCAGUGGACGUGCUUGUCUCCAUCUGCGUGGUCUUCGCCAUGUCCUUUGUCCCGGCCAGCUUCAUCCUUGUCCUCAUUGACGAGCGUGUCACCCGAGCCAAACACCUGCAGUGCAUGGGAGGCCUGCCCCCCACUCUCUACUGGCUUGGCAACUUUCUCUGGGACAUGUGUAACUACUUGGUGUCAGCGUGCAUCAUGGUGCUCAUCUUUUUGGCCUUCCAGCAGAGGGCGUAUGUGGCCCCUGCCAACCUGCCUGCCCUCCUGCUGUUGCUACUACUGUACGGCUGGUCGAUCACGCCACUCAUGUACCCAGCCUCCUUCUUCUUCUCCGUGCCCAGCACAGCCUAUGUUGUGCUCACCUGCAUCAAUCUCUUUAUUGGUAUCAAUGGCAGCAUGGCCACCUUCGUGCUCGAGCUCUUCUCUGAUCAGAAGUUGCAGAAGGUGAGCCGGAUCCUGAAACAGGUCUUCCUUAUCUUUCCUCACUUCUGCUUGGGUCGGGGCCUCAUCGACAUGGUGCGGAACCAGGCCAUGGCUGAUGCCUUUGAGCGCUUGGGAGAGGGGCAUUUCCAGUCGCCCCUGCGUUGGGAGGUGGUCGGCAAGAACCUCUUGGCCAUGUUCAUACAGGGGCCAAUCUUCCUCCUCUUUACACUACUGCUUCAGCACCACAACCGCCUCCUACCACAACCCAAGCUGAGGCCACUACCUGCCCUGGGAGAGGAGGAUGAGGAUGUGGCCCGUGAGCGGGAACGGGUAGUACAAGGGGCCACCCAGGGGGAUGUGUUGGUACUGAGGAACCUGACCAAGGUGUACCCUGGGCAGAAGACACCAGCUGUUGACCGCCUGUGCCUGGGGAUUCCCCCUGGUGAGUGUUUCGGGCUGCUGGGCGUGAACGGAGCAGGGAAAACGUCCACAUUCCGCAUGGUGACUGGGGACACGCUGCCCAGUGGGGGCGAGGCCAUUCUGGAAGGCCACAGCGUGGCCCAGGAACCGGCCGCAGCUCACUGCCGCAUGGGCUACUGCCCUCAGUCGGAUGCCAUCUUCGAGCUGCUGACCGGUCGUGAGCACCUGGAGCUGUAUGCACGCCUGCGAGGAGUCCCCGAAGCCCAAGUUGCCCAGACAGCAAGCUACGGCCUGGCACGCCUGGGCCUCCCUCAGCAUGCUGACCAACCUGCGGGCACCUACAGCUGUGGCAACAAGCGGAAGCUGGCGACAGCCAUGGCUCUGGUGGGGGACCCGGCUUUAGUCUUUCUGGACGAGCCGACCACUGGCAUGGACCCUGGUGCCCGGCGGUUCCUCUGGAACAGUCUUCUGGACGUGGUGCGGGAGGGCCGCUCCGUGGUACUCACCUCACACAGCAUGGAGGAGUGCGAGGCACUCUGUUCGCGCCUGGCCAUCAUGGUGAAUGGGCGGUUCCGCUGCCUGGGCAGCACACAGCACCUCAAGGGCAGAUUUGGGGCUGGCCAUACACUGACCCUGAGGGUGCCCUUGUCGAGAUCCAAGUCGGCGGCCGACUUCGUGGCCCAGGCGUUCCCGGGAGCUGAGCUGCGGGAGGCGCAUGGUGGCCGCCUGCGCUUCCAGCUGCUGCCAGGAGGGCGCUGCACCUUGGCGCUCGUCUUUGGAUUGCUGGCGGCAAGCGGCGCAGAGCAUGGUGUGGAGGACUUCUCUGUGAGCCAGACCACGCUGGAGGAGGUAUUCUUGUACUUCUCCAAGGAUCAGGGCAAAGAGGAAGAUGAGAAGGAGACAGAAGUGGGGGCUGACCCUGUGCCAGGCCCGCAGCGCCCCAAACUCAUAACCCAGUUCCUUGAUGACCACAGCAUGGCUGAGACAGUCCUCUGAGCCUCCUCCUCUAUGGAGCUGGGGGGACCAAAGCAGGGCAGAGGGGCUGAAGCCUGACCCAGACUCCAGAGGCCCUGGAGGAAAUAAAGGGAAGCUGUGGUGUGAAGCACCAUGCACCUGUG